UCUGCCCGGACGCAGAAUUGACUUGGCUCCCCUCCCCUCUCUGCUGGCAGAGGCACGAGGCUCCCUAGAAGAUGGGUGACUGGGGUUUCCUGGAGAAACUUCUGGACCAAGUCCAGGAGCACUCGACCGUGAUCGGGAAGAUCUGGCUCACCGUGCUCUUCAUCUUCCGCAUCCUCAUCUUGGGCUUGGCCGGGGAGUCUGUCUGGGGGGACGAGCAGUCGGAUUUCGUGUGCAACACCAAGCAGCCGGGCUGCACCAACGUCUGCUAUGACAAAGCCUUCCCCAUCUCCCACAUCCGUUACUGGGUGCUCCAGUUCCUCUUUGUCAGCACCCCAACGCUGAUUUACCUCGGCCACGUUGUCUAUCUCUCCCGGAAGGAGGAGAAGUUGAAGCAACAGGAGAGCGAGCUUCGGGCUAUCCACAGCAAGGACCCGAAGAUUGAGCAGGCGCUGGCAGCUGUGGAGAAGAAGAUGUCCAAGAUCUACGUGACUGAGGAUGGGCGGCUCAAGAUCCGGGGGGCACUGAUGUGGACGUACAUCAUCAGUGUCAUCUGCAAGAGCAUUUUUGAGGCUGGCUUCCUCGUUGGCCAGUGGUACCUGUACGGCUUCUCCAUGGUGCCCCGCUAUGUGUGCAAGAGGGACCCCUGCCCCCAUCAGGUGGACUGCUUCAUCUCCCGCCCUACUGAGAAGACCAUCUUCAUCAUUUUCAUGCUGGUGAUGGGCCUGAUCUCCUUAAUCCUGAACCUUCUGGAGCUUUUCCAUCUCUGCUGCAAGAACCUGCUUAGUAACAUCAAGAAGGUGUCAGGGCCAGCUGGCCCGAGCCGGGACACCUUUGCCGAUGACAUGGUUUCGGGUCCCUACCCACCCAAGCACUACCCCUUCCUGCCCAUGGCCGAGAGCCACACACCGUCCUACCAAGCCUACAACAAGCUCUCCAGUGAGCAGAACUGGGCCAACUUCCACAACGAGGAGAACCUGGCACUGGGCAAUGGCAGCAGGCCCCUGUCGGACCCCUACGCCCCCCAGGCUGCUGAAGCCCCCGCCCCAGAAGAGAAGCUGUGCAGCCGGCCAGGGAGCUCAGCCUCCAAAAAGCAGUAUGUCUAGUGCCG